AUGAGCAAAGAGAGCAUUGGCAUUGUAAAGGCCUGGGAAGCAAAAGUUAGGAAAUCACAAGCAACAAAGAAGAAGAAAAACAGCAGUGUAUUUCUCACCAUGAUGUCAGCAGCAGUAGCUCAUGUAGAUGACGAUGAUCCUCCUUGUAAAGAAACUGUACACCAUGCAGAAAAGGUCCUUUCUAAUGGCGAUUUCUACACAGGCCAAUGGCUUGACAACCUCCCUCAUGGACAUGGAAAGUAUCUUUGGACUGAUGGUUGUAUGUAUCUUGGUGAAUGGUAUAAAGGCAAGACAAUGGGAAAAGGUAAAUUUAGUUGGCCUUCUGGUGCUACUUAUGAGGGUGAUUUCAAGGGGGGUUACAUGGACGGUAGAGGGACUUAUACAGGUUCUUCAGGUGAUACUUAUAGAGGUUAUUGGGUUAUGAAUUUGAAACAUGGACAUGGUACACAGAGUUAUGCUAAUGGAGAUCAAUAUGAUGGUGAUUGGAGAAGAGGGUCACAAGAUGGACAUGGAAGGUACCAAUGGAAGAGUUCGAAUAAUUAUAUUGGCCAAUGGAAGAAUGGCUUGAUGAAUGGUAAUGGAACUAUGAUUUGGACCAAUGGGAAUAGGUAUGAUGGGUUUUGGCAAGAUGGGUUGCCUAAAGGAAAUGGGAGUUUAAGGUGGUCAGAUGGAAGUUUUUAUGUCGGGUUUUGGAGUAAAGAUCCUAAAGAGCAAAAUGGGACUUUUUAUCCAUCUGGGUCUUCGUCAGGGAAUCUAGAUUGGGAUCCUCAAGAGGUGUUUUCGGAUUUGAAUGAUUGCAAGGUUUCUACUUGUGAAAAGAUGUCAAUUUUGCCAUCGCAGAAGAUGUUGAAUUGGCCUGGGGUUCUUGAUCAAGGGAACUUAAAGCCAAUGAAAGGGAGUGGUAACGAAGGAAGGCUAAAGAGGAUAUCAGUGGAUGGGAGGCUGAGUAAUUAUAGCGUGGCUUCUUCAAUGGAUGGCUAUGAUGUUAGCAGUGGUGGUGGUGAUGGGGAUUUGAGGGAUGUAGACGAAGGGUUUGGAAAUCUUCAGGUUGAAGAAUUGGAUCCGAAAAUAUCUAAAUUGAGAUCACAGCCUGUGAAGAAGCAAGGGGAAACAAUAUCAAAAGGGCAUAAGAAUUAUGAACUCAUGCUCAAUCUGCAGUUGGGAAUAAGACAUUCGGUGGGACGGCCUGCACCAGCUAUAUCUCUUGAUCUUAAGUCUUCGGCAUUUGAUCCCAAAGAAAAAGUUUGGACUAAAUUUCCAUCAGAGGGAUCCAAGUACACUCCACCUCACCAGUCUACUGAGUUCAAAUGGAAGGAUUACUGCCCUGUAGUUUUCAGGACUCUUAGGAAAUUGUUCAAUGUGGAUGCAGCAGAUUACAUGCUAUCAAUAUGUGGGAAUGAUGCUCUUAGGGAGCUCUCAUCCCCAGGAAAGAGUGGAAGCUUUUUUUACCUGACAAAUGAUGAUCGCUACAUGAUCAAAACAAUAAAGAAGGCAGAAGUAAAAGUCCUCUUGAGGAUGCUGCCAGCCUACUAUAAUCAUGUUCGGGCAUUUGAGAACACGCUAGUAACGAAAUUUUAUGGACUUCAUUGUGUAAAAUUAACUGGGCCAAAUCAGAAGAAGGUGCGAUUUGUCAUUAUGGGGAAUCUGUUUUGUUCUGAGUUUUCUAUUCAUCGGCGCUUUGACUUGAAAGGUUCUUCCCACGGUCGCAUAACUUCUAAACCUGAGUCAGAAAUUGAUCCAACAACAACCCUCAAAGACCUUGAUCUCAAUUACAUAUUUCGGUUGCAGAAAUCUUGGUUCCAAGAGUUUUGCAGGCAAGUGGACAGAGAUUGUGACUUCCUUGAACAGGAGAGAAUAAUGGAUUACAGUCUUUUGGUUGGUCUUCACUUUCGAGAAGCUUCAUACAGGGAAGCCCCAACACCUCCUCGUACUUCUGGAGUUCGGACUCCCACCGGAAUUCCCACUCCCACCGGACUUCGGACUCCCACCGGACUUAGAACUCCUACAGGAAUUGGAGAUGAAAGUGAAUCAGGAGCUCCACGCCUUUCCAGAGUGGAUUUGGAUCAGCUUUUCAUCGAUCCCACUCGAUGGGCUUCCGUUAAAUUAGGUAUAAACAUGCCAGCAAGGGUUGAAAAGACAGUCAGAAGAAAUGGUGAAGCUCAACUGGUUGGAGAACCAACUGGGAUGCUAUACGAAGUUGUCCUAUUUUUUGGUAUCAUAGACAUACUGCAAGACUAUGAUAUUAGCAAAAAGCUCGAGCAUGCAUACAAGUCAAUGCAGUAUGACCCAACUUCAAUCUCUGCAGUUGAUCCAAAGCAAUACUCCAAACGCUUUCGGGAUUUCAUCUUCAGAGUAUUUGCAGAAGAUGCUUGA